CUACAGUGCGACGGUUGUGCUGAGCUCGCUGAUUCGAAAAUUCAAAAAGAAUAUAUAUAAUAAAUAAAUAUAUAAGCUUGUAUUGAAUAUAUAUAAAAACGGAAGUUAAGAAAACUACAAUGGAACCCGGUCCAAGUGCAGUGAACUACGAAGGCAGUGAAUCUGUAUGCGGCAUGCCGGUGGCGGCGCACGAUCCCCUCUACUUGAAGGCCUAUCGGCAGAGUGUUCAGAAUCCGGCUGCCUUUUGGGAGGAGCAGGCUAAUCUGCUCGACUGGGAUCGGCCAUGGGAGAAGGUACUGGACAACAGCAAUCCGCCAUUCACCAAGUGGUAUACGGGUGGCUAUCUGAAUGCCUGCUACAAUUCCAUUGAUCGCCACAUACUGGCCGGUCGCGGCUCCAAUGUGGCCCUAAUCCACGACAGUCCUUUGACUGGCACAGUGCGUCGGGUCACCUAUCAGGAGCUGUAUGACCAGAUUGUUCUGCUGGCCGGCGGCCUGGCCAAACUGGGCGUGGUCAAGGGUGAUCGCGUCGUGAUCUACAUGCCCCUCAUCCCGGAGACAAUCAUUGCCAUGCUGGCAAUUGUGCGCCUGGGUGCGAUCCACUCGGUGGUCUUCGGUGGCUUCGCUGCCCGGGAACUCUGUUCGCGUAUCGAGCAUGUGGAGCCAAAGCUAGUGAUCGCCUCCAAUGUGGGCGUGGAGCCGGGCAAGGUGGUGCCCUACCUGGACAUCCUUCAUUCAGCCAUAAAGAUGUCGCGAUGGCGACCACCGCAGCGGAACAUAAUCUUCCGGCGGGACAAUGUAUCGCCAGAUACCACCAAUCUGGAUCCUUUGACCGAUGUGCUCUGGUCGGAUAUUCAGAAGAUGUCGGAGGGCGAGCGACCCAUAGCCUGUGUGCCCAUCGAGGCCAACGAUCCUCUGUAUAUCCUCUAUACCUCCGGCACGACGGACAAGCCCAAGGGAGUACUGCGCACCAUCGGAGGCCACCUGGUUGCCCUGGUAUAUACGCUGCGAACUCUCUAUGGCAUCAGUCCUGGCCACACCUGGUGGGCGGCUUCCGAUAUGGGAUGGGUGGUGGGUCACUCUUACAUCUGCUACGGACCCCUCUGCCUCGGAGCCACCAGUGUCAUGUACGAGGGUAAACCGGACCGUACUCCCGAUCCGGGUCAGUACUUUAGGAUCAUCGACCAAUACCAGGUGCGCUCGAUCUUCUCGGUGCCCACAUCCUUCCGGGUCAUCCGUCGUGCUGAUCCGGACAUCAGCUAUGGACGGCAGUACUCCAUGAAGUCGCUGCGCGCCAUCUUCAUUGCCGGCGAGCACUGUGACUACGAGACCAAGUCCUGGAUCGAGAAGACCUUCAAGGUGCCUGUGCUCAACCACUGGUGGCAGACGGAGACGGGUUCCGCGGUGACCGCCACCUGCCUGGGCUUCCAGCAGAACCUCAGUCCGCCCACCUACUCCACGGGCCUGCCCCUCAUGGGCUACGACGUCAAAAUCCUAAAACCGGACGGCAGUGAGGCGCAGACCUCGGAGCUGGGCAGGAUUGCUCUGAAGCUACCACUGCCACCCGGAAACAUGGCCACUCUCUACAAGAACGAAGAACUCUUCCGCAAGCUCUACUUUCAAAAGUUUCCGGGCUACUACGAUACAAUGGAUGCGGGCUACAAGGACGAACGUGGCUAUAUCUUCGUGACAGCGCGCGACGAUGAUGUGAUCAAUGUGGCUGGUCAUCGCUUGUCUACCUCCAGCCUGGAAGACGCCGUGCUCCGGCAUCCGGACGUGGUGGACGUGGCCGUUUUCGGGGUGCCCGAGGCCACCAAGGGUCAGGUGCCACUGUGCCUGUACAUUCCGGUGGAGAACUGCCAGAAGACCGAUGCCAAGCUGUCGACGGAGAUCAUCAAGCUGAUCCGCGACGUGGUUGGGCCCAUUGCCGCCUUCCGGCUGGUCACGUCCGUCAACAACCUGCCACGCACUCGUUCCGGUAAGACGAUGCGCAAGGCGAUGGCGGACUUUGCCCGGAACGAGCGCGUCAUCCUGCCGGCGACCAUCGAUGAUGCCAGCGUGUUCAUCGAGAUUCGCAGGGCUUUGAAUCAGCUGGGCUACGCCAUGUCCGCACCGGAUCCGAUUGUGGCCAAGUUGCUCGACUGAAGGGGGUUGGUUCCCUCAACCAAAUCCUUAGCUUGUACGAUACGAUUCCCAAGAAGUAAAUAAAAUGUAAGCCAGUUUGGCUGGGGGUUUUCCCCAGUUCAUGUGCGUAGGCCGCAAAGUGGCGAAAAUAAUUUAAAUGUUAA